AGAAUUUUGGGUUUUUAGCCGUUUAAAAAAUUUAGUCUCCUCCGAGUGUUUGAACGAUACGAACAUUCAUCGUCAUGAGCAAGUUGACCCUCUUCUAUAACAUUGCAAGUCCACCGGCAAGAUUUGCUGUUGUGACAGCAUCGCAUUUGGGGCUGGACGUUGAUUUGAAGUCAGUAAAUUUAGGGGAAGGUGAACAAUUCAAGCCAGAAUAUUUGGCGAUCAAUCCAGCUGGAACUGUGCCCGCACUACUCGACGGAGAUCUGAUGAUUUCCGAUUCGAGUGCAAUUUCUAUCUAUCUUGUCGACAAAUAUGCCAACGAUGAUUCGUUGUAUCCGAAGGAUCCGGUAAAACGAGCAAAAGUUAACGAAAAACUAUUUUAUAUUGCGGGAACAGUCUUCCAAACUGGAACUCUUAUCAUUUUCCCAGUCAUUUUUGGUUCUUCUACUGAAAUCAAUCAGGACGUGGUCAAGAAAUUUGAUCGAAUUUUCAAAACUAUCGAAACGUUCUUGAGCGAGACCAAGUUUAUCGCUGGCGACUCGUUGACACUUCCAGAUCUGUUUUUGUGGAGUCUUCUCGAAUCAGCCACAAGACUUAUCCCAUGUGAUCCGGAACGGUGGAAAAACACGAUGGGAUGGUUAGAGCGGAUGAGGGAGCAUCCUUCUAAUGAAUUUAUGCAAAAAGGUGCCGAUUUCCAUAUAUCCGCUUUCAAUUCGUGCUUGGAAAGGAACAAGAAGGCUCAAAAUAAAAAAUGAUCAGCUCGUCGACAUUACAAAUGCAACCGGGCGGAAUAAUAACAAAGACGAUAGAUGAUGCCACAGUUCCGGUCUCAUCACAAUCGAACAAAGUUUUUCAGUAUUUUUAGAGCGGUGAAUGAAACAAGUUAA